CAACAUAUGAGUGAGAGGAGUGGACUGGUUCUGACUGAGAGAUAUUCUACACCGUCCUAAGUUCCUUUAAGGAACAUUUAACAUCUCGCUUGGCGUCUUGAAUUAUUACUUAUAAAGACGCAGUUUAAAAAGAAUAUUCGACACUGGAAUUUUCGUCUUUGUCUCGUGAUUUGAAGGGUGGAUAAAGGCCGAUUUAUGGAACAUGCUAUCAGUGAAUACUCAGUUAAGGAUCUCCUAUUCUAAUGUGGAUCCCCUGAUGUUCUGGACACAGUAGUUCAUCUAAAACACUCGUUGCCAUUGGUCUCCUCAUUUCAUCGGAAGGUUACUCAUUUUGAGACUCUUAGUCUCCAGGACAAAUGGAUAUACCCGGCUCUACUUCCCUCUUCUCUUCCCCUUCACCUUCAUACACUUUUCCCUUUUUCACUAACCUUUCCCUUCCCUCAUCCUCACCCUCUCUCUCUCCAUCCCCAAGUGUAGCUUCCACUGCUCUUUUCUGCUUUUUCCUAUCCCUUCUUUCGCUGUUGGGUAUUCUGGGCAACUUGUACACCCUAGUACUUCUCCUUCGUCGCCGCAGGAUGUCAAGAAGGCGGCAUACUGCCCCUUCGUGUUGUUACAGUCCCUCCUGCCUUGGUUCUUCAUCCCCUUCUUUCUCUCCAUCUUCCUCUCCCACAUCUUCCUCCUCCUCUUCCUCUCUUCACCUGCAGGUUCUGAGUCUGGCUUUAGCAGAUUUGGUGUACCUGUCGACUGCCCCUUUCAUUGUGUAUGACAGUCUGGCAUCUGACUGGGCAUUCGGCGAACUUGGCUGUCGACUCCUACUCAGUCUGGACUUGCUCACAAUGCACGCAAGCAUCUUCACCCUCACCGCCAUGAGUCUGGAUCGGUAUCGAGCUGUGGCCGAUCCAUUAGCAACCACAUCCACGCCAUCCUCUGGAUUUUUAAGAGUUGCUUUGGCUUGGGGCUUCGCCAUCGCUCUCAGUUUGCCUAUGAUGAUCACUUUGCACCUUGAAGAUGGCGAGAACCAUGAAGGAAAGUUGUGUGUUCCUGCUUGGGAUGAGCAGAGUUCAAAAGCCUAUCUCAGUGUUCUCUUCUGCACCAGUAUCCUAGGCCCAGGACUGGCAAUCGGAGCUUUGUAUGCAGCUUUGGGGAGACUGUACUGGGUAUCUCAAACUCAACCAGCUUGGGCUGGAGGGGGUAAUGCCUACCCACCCCGUGCACCUCGCCCGAAAGUUCUGCUCCUUAUACUGGGGAUUGUGCUGACAUUCUGGGCUUGUUUCCUACCAUUUUGGAUCUGGCAGCUUCUACCGUUGUACCAGCCUGAGGUUCUACGUGUGGUGCCGGUUGGGACACAGGUGACCAUUAAUCGCAUCCUCACAGGAUUGACUUAUGGAAACUCAUGUGUGAAUCCGUUCUUCUACACACUCCUGACAGGCAAGCGCAGACGGACCAGCAGAAAGACAAUAAGCGCAGCUGCUCCACUUUGCCAAAAGGGCAGCUCUGAACAAUAAUUAAAAUUGCCCACUGUUUUUGUUUUGUCCACCAAAUUGUGCAGCCUAUAGAUUGAUUUUACGCGGCUGCCAUUUUAAAAGCGAAAACGAGGCUGCAGUGGGAAGAAACUUAGAGGUGUCAACUGAGUCACACAGUAACGUUGUGUAUAUCUUAUCAGCGAAGAGAAAGUGACACAAAUUUAUAAUUUCACCGCCUUACGAGUGACCGUUCUGAAUGGGUAGUGAAAAUAAAAUGGGAUAUCGGGCCUCAUUUUCAGCUAAGGUAAAGGAAAAGGCACUAAUUGGCUAACGAAUGAGCUAACUCUUUCACUAUAUUAGACCUGUCACGAUACUGAAUAUCGGUACUGAAAUGUAUUAAAAAAACUGCAAUUUCCCGCAAACAUUUAAGCACUGUUGAUUGCGUUCUUUUCCCAGAGAUGGGUUGCAGCUGGAAGGGCAUCCGCUGGGUAAAACAUAUGCUGGAUAAGUUGGCGGUUCAUUCCGCUGUGGCGACCCCAGAUUCAUAAAGGGACUAAGCCGAAAAGAAAAUGAAUGAAAGAAUGAAUGAUCACGUUCUUAAACACUUCGUAUUUGCCAUAGUAUUCACAAGUGCUCAACAGAAAUAAUUGUGAUUGGCCGUGAAGGUCAUCAGUUCACCGCACUUCACCAUUGUUUACUGAGUGCAAACACAGACAAGUGAUCCCCUGGUCUUCGCGGCUUUAAAGUGAUCCAAUGUCCAAUUUAGGUGAAGAGCGGUGAACUGAUGACCUUCACGGCCAAUCACAGACAUUUCUGUUGAGUACUGGUGAAUUCUAUGGCAAACCCGCGGUGUUUAAGAACACUCAGCAGCACUUAAAUGUUAGGGAUCUCACGGUGUUUACCUGGUGCCAUUAACUGAAGCCUAGGAUGACACUAAAGCGUAUUACUCUUAAAGAGAUUGUGAUUUUGUUUGAUGCGUAAUAUGCUUUUAAUUGUUUAAAUUAAACUUAACUGAAUGCUAUACAUGAUGUUUACACCCCAUCUGCAUUUUGAAAUCGCAGCAACAGCUGGAGGUUGUAGUACACAGUAUGUUGUUGCAAUAUUUACAGUGCUGAUCCUAUACUUCCGGGUUUCUUCUCACCGCAGCCUUGCUUUUGUGCUUUAAAAUGGCGCUGCAUGAAAUAAGCGUAUGACCAUGACUGUGCAUAGUAAUUUUACUUAACAGAUUACUCAUUUUGGUGCUAAAGGGCUUAAUGAUUAUAGCUUUUUACGAGUGCUGAGCAAAUAUAGCAAUACUCUCUAAUGCAGGCCAGUGAUGGUGUGUGCUCUGCUUCUUGGAUAAUAUAUUAUAUUAUCUUAUAUAUAUAAUUAUCCAAGCAACAUCAUGUGUUUGGGAUAGUUCAACCAAUAAUUAAUAUCCUGUCAUCAUUUACUUAUCCUUCAGUUAAGUAAAAUCCUAUUUGAGUUCUUUGAUCUGUUGAACACAAAAAAAGAUAUACUGAAGAAUGUUGAGGAAAAAAUACAGCUAUUGACUUCUAUUGUUCUUCCAUAGUGCUUUUUUCCCAACAUUCAUAAGAAUACCUUGUUUUGGUUUCAACAAAUUUCAAAAAAGCUUGGUUUGAACUUUUCCUUUAAGGUCUUUGCAAAUCAUAAUUUAAUGCUAAGUAAUGAACUCUUAUGAAAACCUUUGGAGUAAGACAAUCAACAAACUGAGAUUAAACUGAGACAACUGAGUCUGGUCAAACUGAGAUUAAAUUGUACUGAACUAAAAUGUGUGAAGCAUCUGCUUACAGGGGCAACUUGAAAGGGAGAAAACGUGUUUGUUAGGAUUUAUGAAUUGCCUCAGGAUACUCUAACAGCAGGUGUGAAUUGGUUUAUUAGUUUAAGUGCAAGGGAAAAAUUACACAGUAUAGAUUUGGCUCAAAGCUAAAAGACAUGUCAGAGUUUGCUCUGUUGUGGAGGAUAAAUUACUUCUGUCAUGAAGCCAGGACACAUCUCCAAUCGGACAUUAUGUUCUCAAUGAGGUACUUCAUUAUAUUCAAUUAAAAUAACUCAGCCAACAAAUCAUUUACAGUCUUGACUCUGUAUAUCUGGCACCUUAAAAUAAUUAUUUGGCAUUUUACAUUUUUUAAAAAUAAAUUAUUCCAUUUUAAACAAAAUUCAGAAUUAUAAACCACUCUUGAAAGUAAACUGAGAUCCAGUAGCAACUAUAUUUUCCCAUAUUUUAUGCAUGUAAAUGGACAAUGUCAAUUGGGGAAAUUUCAAUGCAUAUGUUCUAAAAAUCAUAAUGUAUUUGAGAAAUUGCACCAAAUCUGGACCCUUCAAAAUAUAUUUUUGAAGAUUUUGUUGUUGUUUUAAUGUACUUGUGUUAUAUUGGUUAUGUUUUACUAUUAAUUAAUGCAUUGCUUUGCACAAGAAAGCUUGGCUGAAAGAAUCUGUAAAUGAAAUGUGAGGUGCGUAUAACAUA